AUGGCUCGAUCAUUCGGACAAGUUUCUUCUGUCACGGUUACAAUUUUAAUGGCUAUUGUUUUAUGCUUGUUUCUAGCUAUCGAUGUGACCCAUGCCCGAAAGCCGGCCACUUACUAUGUCGGAGGCGAAGACGGUUGGGACACGGUUAUUCCAAUGGACACUUGGGCACGAGGCAAAACCUUUUACGCUGGCGAUAUUCUCGUAUUCAAAUACGAUUAUCAGAUCACCAAUAUGUAUGUGGUGAACCGAGCCGGUUACGAAACGUGUAAACCAAACGCUGGAGCGAAAGAGUACACAUCGGGCAACGACAGGAUCCAACUUCCUUAUGGUUAUAGUUAUUACAUCGGAACAUACACUCCUGAAGAUUGUUCCGCUGGUGAGAAGUUGGCCAUCAAAGCAUUGGCUCCUCCUCCGGUGUAA